AUGAAUCGCAAAACUCCUUCCUUAGAAUUAAAGUUAGAGCGUUAUGACAUGAUGUCUGAUAAUGUGGUCUGGAACGAUCAUAGCAUACUGAAACUGCCGCAAGUUGGAUGCUUGUUCAAUACAGAGUCACAUCAGAGACGUUCGAUUAUGGGGGUAAUGGGCGCUGAUCGGCCUCUUGCAGGUCACCAUACUUCACCGUGGACUGACUCCUCGUGUCACGAUGCUAUGGAUGUCUUUAGGAAGAAAAGUCUGGGACUUAGUGAUAUGAACGUGAUCCGAAGCUGGAUAGAGAUAGAUCUUUUCAAACACAAGUUCAUACUAAAUGACUUCCACGAUUCUGAUGAGCUUUCGAGCGUAAUAUGUUACCAAGCAUAA